AUGCCAGGGCCUGUGAAUCCGUCUAUAGCCUACCACACUGGCACACCCACCAAUCCAUCCUAUAUACCAUUGAUCAGGGCAGGAUUCACAGAUCGGAUGAACUUUUGGGAGCGAUUGGAGAAUACCUUUUUGACAACAUCUGAACUUAUUGGACAUCAUCUGUACUUCUUACCAGUUCAGGAUAAAGUAAUGAGAAAUUGGCUGAAGGAUCCUAACUUGCCAUACCUUGGCGAUGCCUUGACAAACGUGUCCCUGUCAUUGGUAGAGACACAUUAUUCCAUCAACUACGCAAGACCAUAUGCCAGAAACGUCAUAGAAGUUGGUGGAGUAUCCCUAAAAGUCUCCCAACCAUUACCAGAGGAUCUGGAGAAGUAUAUCAGUGAAUCAAAACACGGCGUUAUCUACUUUAGUUGGGGAUCCCACUUUGAGGGAAAGAACUUGGAACUAGCUUUGGAUUCCAUCAUGGAAUCUUUUAGGUAUGUAAAGCAGCGUGUCCUAUUCAAGAUGUCCAAUCGCACCUUCUCCUCAGUGCCCAGCAACGUUCUAGUAAGACCAUGGUUCCCGCAGACUAGUGUGUUAAGCCAUGAUAAUGUUGUUCUUUUUAUAAGUCACUGUGGACUGAACAGCAUGUAUGAAUCGGCAUACCAUGGUGUUCCAGUAUUGGGUACUCCAGCAUUUGCAGACCAGUUUCACAAUGCACGACUUAUAGAGUACCUAGGUACAGGAAUUGCUGUUGAUCCUCGCACUAUAACAGAUUAUUCCAAAAUAUUGCCAGCUAUGAAAAAAAUAUUAAAUAAUCCCAGUUACAGAGAAAAAGCUAAGAAACGUGUUUCUGUCAUCAGAGACAAGCCUAUGCCGCUCAUCGACGAAGCCAUUUACUGGAUCGAGUAUGUGAUCAGACAUAAUGGGGCGCCACACCUUAGGCCAGCUUCCAUAGAUUUAGCUUGGUACCAGCUGUUUUUGAUUGACAUCAUAGGAUUUGUAUUGUGUCUCUUUUUAAGUUUUGUGAUACUGCUUUGGUAUAUGAUAAAGAUACUUUGCAGAAAACCAAGUCCUCCUCACCACACCAGCAAGAAAGCUCAGUAA